ACGUCAUCGUGAGGAAAGGCCGCUGCGGCCGGAACCGCACGAGAUGAAACGAGUACGUGAGCGAACCCACUGUUUUUGAACCCUUUGUUUAUCCAGCGAUUUGGGCGGCGAUGGACCCGCGGAAAGUGUCCGAGCUGAAGGCCUUCGUGCAGCUGUGCAGCCAGAACCCGGCGGUGCUGCACUUGCCCGAGCUCGACUUCCUGCGCGCCUGGCUUCAGGGAAUGGGAGCUACUAUCCCACAACCGAGCACAAACGAUGAACCGCCUGCAUGUCCGAGGACAGAGUGCCCUUGUUCCGGAGCGACUGGUCACAGCGCCGAUCCGGAGGCCACAACUCCCGAAAGCGAAGAGAGCGAGCUGGAAAUUGACGACGACGGAGUUAUUGAAGCAGACGUAGAUGAGCCUCAAGAGAUGGGAGACUUUGAGAAUUUGGAGGUCACAGAAGAAAUGAUGGACCAGGCAAAUGAGAAGAAAAUGGAGGCCAUCACUGCACUUGGAGAAGGUGAGCUGGAGAAAGCCCUGGACCUCUUCACUGAAGCUAUCAAGCUCAAUCCGCGCCUCGCUAUCUUGUAUGCCAAGAGAGCCAGCGUGUACAUAAGGAUGCAGAAGCCCAAUGCUGCAGUGAGGGAUUGCGACCGAGCCAUUGCCAUCAACCCAGACUCAGCCCAACCCUAUAAGUGGAGGGGGAAGGCUCACAGGCUGCUGGGACACUGGGAGGAGGCAGCAAGGGAUCUGGCCACGGCCUGCAAACUAGAUUAUGAUGAAGAGGCCAGCAUGAUGCUCAAGGAAGUUCAGCCCAAGGCUAACAAAAUCAUUGAGCAUCGGCGUAAAUACGAGCGGAAGAGGGAGGAGCGGGAGGUCCGUGAGAGAAAGGAGAGGGUGAAGAAGGCCAAGGAGGAACAUGAGAGAGCACAAAGGGAGGAAGAGGCCAGACAGCAAGCUGCUGGAUCCCAUGGAGGCUUUCCAGGUUUUCCUGGGGGAGCACCUCCUUUUGGAAUGCCAGGUUUGGGGGAUCUCCUGAAAGACCCAGAGGUGCUCACAGCUAUGAAGGACCCAGAGGUAAUGGCAGCUUUCCAGGAUGUGGCACAGAACCCAGCAAACAUCGCUAAGUACCAGAGCAACCCAAAGAUUAUGGCGCUCAUCACCAAGCUGAGUGCCAAAUUUGGGGGUCCACAGCCUUGAAGUUGUGGAGUGAGAGGCUCCCAGGAUGUACAAACUCAUAUACCCUUAUAUGGGGGGGGUGGAGAGAACAUGCAUGUGGAUUAUUAGCAUUUAGUUGAAUAAACGAUUCAUUUAAUAUUUAGCAUCAUUUAAAUCAUGGAUGCUGUACUAUGAACAUCAACAUUUGUAAGUGGCUUCUUUUUCAUUCAGGCAUCCUGGCUUUAGGGUUUGACUGAGGAAAAACUGGCAACUGCAGAGAGGGAACUAAAUAACUAAAUAGAGGUACUUCUAAUCUCCAGCGACUACCAAACAUGGCUAUUUUUGUCAGGAAGGAUUGUUUCUGGUACCACCCACCUUGAUUUCCAUUGUUUUCAUUUCAUCCAGUUGUCUUUCUCUUCCACAUAUAAAAAUGUUUUAUUUAGGAUGUGAAUGUGAGGGGGAGAAAACUUCCAAAAAAGUAUUAAAUGUUUUGUUGCAAAUGUGCUUAUUCGUGGUGAUUUCUAAGGGUUGCAUGCAUACACGAUUUUAUUUUUCAGAGAAAGAUUUUACCAUUGACGCAUUGUUCCAGGCAGAAAUUUUUCUUGUCAAAGUGAACCAACCAAAUUCUAGAGUUCACUGAAUUCUCCCCUACCCCACUGUGUUCUGUCCAAAGGAUUAAGGACAAUACUUAAUACCUUUCUUUGGGCUGUAGGACUAAGAUUUGGUCUAACCGAUUGUCUCCAUCAUAAAUUAGGUCUGCCAUCAGAGAGCAGAAUUGCUGAACUUUACAUAAACACUUCACACUGUCAGCUGCUGUCAUUUUUGACUGACAAUUAGAGGAUUUCAGUAAACUCCACAGCAUGUAAUGUGGAAGUAUGUGUACGAGCUGCCCCCCGUUGUGUUGGGUUACACAAAUUUAGUUCUCUAUUGAAAAAGCAAAAUGAAUGCCCUUCAGCUUUCAAGAAUGAACUGUCUCAAAUUUAAAUCAGUGGAUUUAAGGUAAAUUGGAAUGAGGAUUGACUAUGGCAUUUGUUUAACCCAUGCUCCAUCGGAAGAAUGCUACAUUAAAAGAGCAGUUGCAGCUCUAAGGUCUGGUUCUUCCAAUUCAAACGGCUGCUUUCUUUUGUGUGACACAUGACUGGUUUGCUGUAAAGUGGGCAAGGUACACUGGUGAACCUUUCCUUGGGCUUAUUUGCCAAAAAAUUCAUCAGGGUAUUCAUUUUGACACUGCAUCAACAUUCUUGUGCCGUGGUAUUAGAGACAGGGGUUAUCUCCUUUCUGCUCUGGUUUUAACAAGAAUUUUAAACAUUCAAAAAAACAUUUAAAACAGUUAACUAAAUGAGCUGUUCCAUUGUAAGACACUUCAGUGAAACAUAAUUCACAGCAAAUUCAGAACUA